AUGGAUACAGAAACCCCGCCACUGCAAGACCAUGACUUCGUCAGCUCGCAGUGGGUUGACAUGGGAGGAUAUGCGGCUACUCAGCACCAUCAGUUGACGGACUUCACUGGGUUUCAAUUUGGCUCAUCGCCCAUCAUGCCAAUUGAACCGGCAUAUAGCAUGUCCAUGCCUCAGCCAUAUACGACACAACACCUGAUCCCGCUCACCAUGUCCUCUCAAUGGCCGAGCAUGCUGUCUACGCAGCCCGGUUUUGCGCCAAUGCCAGUUGCGCCGAUGCCAAUGACUCCUAUUCCGCCGCAAAUACAGCAUGUUCAGGCGCCACAGCUGUCGACGCCGCCCACUCCACGAAGAACUUUGACUGACGCUGAGCGCCGACGUAUGUGCUUGUAUCAUCAAGAGAAUCCCCAUGUUAAGCAGACUGAAAUUGGAGCUAUGUUUGGUGUUGAACGAAGGUAUGCUGGUGGCUCUACCGUUUCCAAAGUACUCCGCCAAAAGGAAAAGUAUCUCUUUCCUGAUGAUGGCCGUCGAUCACCCGUUAAGAAGACGAAGGGGAAAUUCCCAGACAUUGAACGGGCCCUGUCAAACUGGGUAAAGAACCACCAGCGUCAGGGCGGAGAGAUCAACGAUGCCCUGAUUAGAGAGAAGGCCAUGUUUUUUGCAAGCACCGUGGGAAGCCCUGAAGGCCACGAGAAGAUUCUGACAUCAAGCUGGCUGGAGAAGUUCAAGCAGAAAAACUACAUCGUGAACUCCCCUGGCAGGAAAUCCUCACUUGACAUAACCAGUCCAAGGAAGAGAUCCACCAUCCGGACACCCACGCAACUGUCUCCCAUUUCUCCUAGCUCAACCACUACACCUUCUCCCACAUCUCCCACGCAGUCCGGGUCAGUACAGGAAGGGGACCUUGUCAAUGAAUGCAGUGACGAUGUCUUUGGUGUUUCUCUGCCUCAGGAGGGAACCCCCAUUGCAACUCCUACUCUUGCCAGAGCAACAAGCGAGUCAACAAUAAUCUUCUCCUCGCAGAACCCCUUUGCACCGUCCGAAAAUACGGGCCUGGGGCUAGAAUCAAAGCGAAGACGAAGCCAGACCCUGCCAGUGAUGACAUCUGGAUCCUCCGUGGUCAAGGACGAAUCCCCAGAAAGCCUCUCGCCAACGAACAUAUUCACACAGCCCGGAGUCAUCGAAGAAGAAGAUCCUUCUGAAUCCAUAGACGCACCUGCAAUGAAGAGGAAUCGCAGCAAUCCGGAAAUCAUCUCCAACGUAACUCCCAUGCAGCCACCACCACUCCCAAAAUCAAAGAGCAUAUCCUCUCCAGCAAUUUCUCCUACCACCACCCCGACGCAGGAUGAAGCUCGCCAAGCACUAGAGCUGGUCCUUAAUUAUUUCAAAAACCAAUCAAUGGAGCUGGCAGUAUCUGACUACCAGAUCAUAGGUAAACUCAUGGAGAAGCUAAAGCUGGCACAUGGCCAGCCAUACAUCCAGCCCAUGAAAUCCACUAUGUCUCGAUCGAAAAUUCAUACCGAUAGACCGCGGGUUAGCAAGAAAAGAAGCAUCCACACGCUAUAG